UUCAACGCGUUCGUCGCGUUGCAAUGCCGUUUUCCGGUCACCGGCACGGAAUCACUAUUUAUCACGUUAGACUUCAACAACUUUUGGAUAUCCUUAAUCGGCAAACGCUAUGGAUGACUGUGUUGUUUUCACCUACACUGACGAAGAUUUCGUAAAUGAUUUUUCUUCGCCGAGUGAACGCAAGUCCACAUUUGACAUCGCUCUGCGGUCCGGAUGGACGGAGAAAAUGAACGCCGGGCUGUUCCGAUACCACCUGGGUGAUCUGGAUACGCGGAUCCUUCACGGUCCGUGUGGCUUCAUCGCUCAGCUGAACAUCCUGAGAGGCGUCGAGAGACGAAAACCGCAGGAUAUCGUGAGCAUCCGACAGAACUUUGAUCCGAAUCAGUUUCAUUUCAACAAGAUCAACCCGAAAGAGCUGCUGUUUGAAUUACAGAAAGUUAAAACUGAAGCCACAAGCGACCAAAAUGGGAGAAAUAAAAAGUGCAAAAUCAUCAUCAACGUCAGCCCUUUAGAAUUCGGCCACUGUCUGCUCGUUCCCGAACCGGACCGUUGUCACCCGCAGAUACUGACCCCUUUGGCGGUCCAAAUAGGGAUCGAGACUGUUCUGCUAAGUGCUGAUCCAGGUUUCAGAGUUGGGUUCAAUAGCCUGGGUGGAUUUGCUUCUGUCAACCAUCUACAUCUCCAUGGUUACUAUCUCAACCACCAAAUGAGGCUUGAAAGCUCCCCAACAGAACUGAUUCACCCCCAAAAUAACCUGUACCGCCUGGUCGACUUUCCAACCGGGUUUCUCUUUUACACCCAGGGUACAGAUCUCACACCGACAGUCAAUGCUGUAUGUAAACUGACUGAUAUAAUGGUUGAUAAGAACAUAGCACACAACCUCUUCAUCACCCGAGGUUGCCCUCCAAACAAGGAGGGUGACCCGUCUUCAGCCCGAAAUGGGGUGAGGGUCGUCAUUUGGCCCAGAUUGUCCUGUUUUGGGGCGAAGGAAGAGUCUGCUUUUAAUGUCGCUCUGUGUGAGCUCGCAGGCCACCUCCCUUUUAAGAACAGAAAGGACUAUGAAACUGUUACUGAGGAGGAAGUUAAAGCAAUCAUCAGGAAAUGUCUGUUGCCUGAAGAAGAAUUCAGUGAAUUGCAAAAACAUAUCAUGAAAAAGUUUUAGCAUAAAGUAUAGAUCUUGAAAUGGGGUUAAACAUUGAUUUAAAAUCUUGAAUAGCCUGUAGUACAAACAACAUACAUUUGUGCAUCUAUUUAAUAUGUACUUCAUUUUUUCAUAAUUCAACGUGUUUGUUAUUAUUUGUGUUGUUGAAAAUGAGUAAAAAUGACGAAGUAAAUUUUUAAAUGUAAAAAUGUUUUCGCAUCUGCAUUUCAAUGUUGAUGCGUGACAAAAUUAUUGAAACGUGGCAGAAUGUUUGACUCUGAAAAUGAUUUCAAUUAAAACAUGUGGUGAAGAAUGAGGUAUUUAGACAAAGCCUUCUUUAAAUUAUGUUUACGGAAUGAGAAAUGCCACAACCUUCAGACGUACAGUUUAUUUCUAUUGAUUCCGAUUUACACUCGCACUCGUAGUUUAUCAUCAUGGCGCCCUCUGAUGGUGAAGAUUAAAAAGACCACGAUAAAAAAAACGUAAUACCUGGAAGAUAAAUUGAUUGAGGAA